AUGGGUGUGGGCAAAGGAGGGUAAGGGAGAAAAAAGAAUGGGGAAUCGGAGAGAGGGUUGAGUGAAAGGAAAAGGGGGAGGAGGGAAAGAAUGAUCAAGAAGAGAGGGAGAAAGCGGGAAGCAAGGCAACAGGCACAAAAUGCAGGUGGAACUCAGUAAGUCAGGAAUAAACAAUCAGCAUUUUGGUUUGUGACUCCAGGAGAGGGAAAGUGGGAAGGAGUAAGUAAAAAGUCGAAAGAAGAGCAAGGAGAGAGAAAAGGGAAAUGAAGAUGCAAAGAGAGAAUGGAAAAAUGGAGAAGAGAAGCAGAAAGUUGGAAAAAAAGGAUAAAGAAUGAGAAAUACAAGGGAAGGCAGAGAGAAAAGUAGUGGAGGUGGAGAACAUCAAGAGAAGACAAACAAGGGAUUUGGGGGUAAUGAAUGGAGGAGAGAAGUGUGUAAGGGAGGUGGUAGUGAACAGUUUUAGAGAGUGGUUGAUGGGUUGGGGUUCAGAAACAUGCUGAGGAUAAUCGGAAUUUUUGAUAGAGGUUUGAAUUUAGAUGGUGAAUAUGCAAAGGGAGGGAAUUGGGGUGGGGUUUGAAUCUCUAGGAACAGUCAGAUGCCAGCUUAGAGGGAAGGGAAAGGGUCCAGAGGAUAUUCGGGAGAAUGAUUCUGUGAAUGAAAGGGUUGUUGUAUGAGGAGUGAUGUCUCUGGACCUGUACUCACUGGAAUUUAGAAGAAUAAGGGGGGAUCUCAUUGAAACCUAUCAAAUAUUGAAAGACCUGGAGAGAAUGGAUGUGGACAGGAUGUAGUGGAGGAGUCUAGGACCGACAGCACAGCCUCAGAAUAGAAGGACGUUUAUUUAGAGUGGAGCUGAUGAUGAAUUCCUUUAACCAGAGGGUGAUGAAUCUGGAACUCACUGCUUUGGAGGCCAAAUUGUUCAGUAUAUUUAAAGCAGAAGUUGAAAGAAUCAUGAGUGGCAUAAUCAGGUGUUGGAUCUGAAGAUGUUGUGGUCCUGACGUUCUUUGGAAGUCAAGAAUGAGGCAUAGAACUUGGUAACUGUGGGUUUAUACUACGGUAGUAAGGGAUGUUCACAAUCGACUCGCCAGAACCAGCAGUGCCUGGAAGUGUGUGUGGACAGCUGCAUCUGUCCACAAAAAUCCACUUGUACAGGGCUGCCAUCAUCACAACACUGCUAUAUUGCUCUGAAGCCUGGGUCGAACAUUUCCAUCAGCGCUGCGUCUGCGCCAUUAUGGCAGGGUCAUGCCUCCAGCGUUGUGGUCCAAGCAUCGAGGCCACUUUGCUGCUUAAGACUGUGUCACAUGGACCCCUCCGGGAUACCGAAAGCAGUACUCUAUGGAGAACUCUCUCAGGGCAACAGAGAUCGCAAGAGGUACAAAGACCAACUUAGGCAGCAGUUCUCUCAGGCAGAUGUUGAGUGGCAGCAGCUGGCUUGUGACAGAGCCCGCUGGAGAACGCUGAUUCAUGGAGCAGCCAAGAAUUCUGAGGACCCCAGAAGAGCAACUGCUGAAGAGAAGAGGAGAUUCAGGAGGGAUCCCACUGCCCACAUCCCAGCUGCUCCUACGGCUCCAGAGUCUGCAGAUCCAGAACUGAUCUCUGCAGUCACCAACGACCGUGCCGUGGAUCCUGAGGGCCCUUCUUCCUUCCUGAUCUUCGCAAGCGAAAAACCAGCCAUCAUUAGGUGUUAAAAGAACAAAGCAUAAACAAUGAAGAAAAGCCCAAGAAUGCUGCCGUUGAUACUUUGGGAAUUCUCGUUGCCUCCGGAAUAUUGGAUGGGAAUUUCUGCCCAGAUUCCUGGGCUCAGGCUUCUGUGGGACUCAAAGCAGCUAACUUCUGCCUCAGCAGUGGGAAUGCAGCUGCUGAACUAUGACUGACAUAAGACCCCAAUUAGCAAAACAAAAGUUGUGAGGUGAACUAUGAUUUGAGUUGUCUAAUUUUAUAAAUAUAAAAGGAUGAGAUUGGUGGCUCCUUUGAAACCCGAGAGGAAACAGCAACCGGAAACAUUUCAAAAGAACUUCAGUUUGAGUGAGAGAGUUAUCAACCCUCCACCAACAGCUUGGACAGCACAUCGGAUUCCAAUAAUCUCUCCGUAAAAACGUUUAGUGGAAGGAACACAAAGACUGAGAGCGUGGGCAGAGAAAAUUCCAGACAUCCUGGGUGAAGAAAUUCUUCCACAUCUCAGUUCUCAGAGAAUCCAGAGCCAGACUCACUCGCUGUACGGCAAACCCACCGUCCCUACAACCAGUCUGGUGAACCGCUGGCACUCGCUCCAUGGCAAGUUCAUCCUCUCUUGGCUCGAUGGCAGCAAGGAGCACGCUGCCAGCCUGGACGUUGAAUGGGACUGACGGGGAGGGCUGUAACCUGACUGCUGGCCGGCUAGAGAAGAUCAUUCUCCCGGUGCUGUAUGCCACCAUCAUUCUCGUCGGGCUACCUGCUAACUUCAUGGCACUCUGGGUGUUCCUGAGGCAAUACCGAAAGCACGGCAUCCUGGUGUACCUGAUUAACCUGGCAGCUGCCGACCUACUCAGCUGUCUGAGCCUCCCGUUCCGUGUGGCACUGCUCCUGGGGGGUGACGGCUGGCAAGAGAGCUCGCCCAUCUGUGCCAUCACCAUGGUGGUCAUCAACUCCAGCUUCUACUACACGGUCAGCUGUAGCACCAUGUUCCUCGCCUUCAUCAGCGUCAGCCGCUACGCCAUGAUCGUCAAGCCCAAUAGCAGACGCCUCAACAAGUUCUACGACACCGGCUUCGCCCAGUGCGCCUGUGCCCUCACCUGGACCCUAACCAUCAUCCCCAUCCUUUUACUCAACCUCAACUACUUCUUCAGGGAAGUGAGGCUGGUGGCCGGCGCUGUCUGCUACAACAUCCAGCUGCAAUACGGCAAGAGGGUGUCGGCUAACGCCUUCGUGACAGUGGCGGUGAUCUUCCUGGUGCUGCUGGCCAUGUUCGCCUUCUCAUACGCCUCCAUCGCGACGGAGCUGUGCGGCAUGAGGAGGAAGAGCAGCAGCCAGCGUAGCCGGCUCAUCCACGUCCGGGCGCAGCUCUUCAUCGUUGGGGCCAUGAUGGGCUUUGUGAUUUGCCACCUACCCUACCAUGUCUACCAGAUCGUCACUGGCCUCCACCGGUUAAACAGCGGCAGCUGCGCUUGGCUGCUGCAGACGCACCACAUCAAACUCAUCACACUCUGGCUUGUCUCCCUCAGCAGUUGCUUGGACCCUAUCCUCUACUUCCUCCUCUCCAAAUCCUUUGUAAAGCGCGGGAGCAACAGAGAAAGGAGCAGUUAAGUUCAAUUAUCAUUCAACCAUACAUGAAUGUAGCCAAAGGAAACAGUGUUUGUCCAGGCUAAGGUACAAAACACACUACCAACAGCACACUGCACAUAUGGUUAUGGCAACAGAAAACAUACAGUCACAAAAAAAUAAUCCAGCCAAGUCCCCGAGUGGCAAGGCCUGUAGACUGAUGGUGCAUGGAUGUUGGCCUGGUCCAGUUUCUUCUCCCACCGAGCGAACCCUGAAGGGCAGCACUAAGCGAACAUCGGAGAGCGACUCUGAGUGAGCACAGGAGGGCAAUAUCGAGCGAAUACUGGAAAGCAACAGGCCCUAAGCCAAGCCAGACUCCAAAGUGGCUGCAACAAGCAACUCGGCAGUCUGAGGCAAUGCAGCUCCCCCACCGAAGCAAUGAACUGGAUUUGCAGGAUUCCACAUUACCAAUGUCCAUUAGGGUCCUGUCACAACACAGGGCUCCUGGAGCUCACAGCUCAUCAGUCUGACCCUUGCCAAAACUGUGCCAGAGGGUCUGUAAAAACAGAGGGCAUCCCGUGACUGGCAUGGGCACUGGAACAAUAAUAUCAUCACACCCUCAAGCAAACCUCCAUUUUACCAAAACCGGGACUGAAAUUAGAUCGAUGAAUGAUUCAGAAUCAGGAAAAGAGGUCACGCUUUGUCUGUCAAAAAUAACAGCUGGGAUUAGGACUUUAUAUUAGAUGAUUGCAUUGAUGGUUGAUCCUGACUCUUCCUACUGCUCCUCGAGAUCAUACCCGACCCCCAUUAUGCCCGCUUUGCCCAAAUACCCAAAGUUGACCAGCUGUCUACACACAGAGCGGCACAGUAGCGUAGCGGUUAGCGCGAUGCCAUUACAGCUCCGGGCGUCAGUUCAAUUCCAGUAUCCUCUGUAAAUCGUGUUGUACAUUCCUUCCUGUGAACACCUGGUUUCCUCUGGGUGCUUUGGUUUCAUCUCACACUCCAAACACAUACCGGUUUGUAAGUUAAUUCAUCAUUGUCAAUUAUUCCAUGAUUAGGCUAACAUUGGACAGCAUGGCUCAAAGGGCCAGAGGGCCUAUUCUGUGCUGUCCCUCUAAAUCAAUCAGUCAAUCAAUCUCAGAUUUAACCCUUGACACAGUAUAUCUGAGUUCCAGAUUCCCUCAUUUAGUACAUGUAGAAGUCUCUCUGAACUUAAAAAUUGUAUUCAGGUUUAUUGUCACUAACAUAUGACAUGAAAUUUCUGAUUUUGUGGUUAUUACGUUAGGCCCAGAAUAGAUCUUCAGAGAUGUUCACACCCAAGCACUUGAAAGUGCUCACCCUUUCCCCUGCUCAUGCCUCCACGAGGACUUGCAUGUCUCCCCUCGACUUCCCUUUCCUGAGUCCACAUUCAAAUACUUAUAAACCCCGUGAAUUCAAAGAAUUUCUUCCCCUUCCCUGGAGUUUCUCACCAACCACAAUCUCUCUCAAAACUUUCACUUCCCUCUAAUGCCUGAAAACCAUUUCAGGCAUUUCAUCUUCUAACUCACUACGGUAGCGCGACACGAUUACAGGUUGGGGUGGAGUUCAUAUUUCAAAUCUGUCACCGUCUGUGAGGGGUCUCUGCACUCUGCACAGGUUUUCCCCGGGCGCUGAGGUUCCCUCCCGUAGCCCAAAGGUGGACCGGGUAGGUUUAUUGCCCUGUGAUUAGGUCCCAGCUGACCAGCCGUGGCCCAAAAAGAUAAACGGGAAAAAAGCCCUCAGAGAGGAAAUGGAGAAAAGCCGUCCGCAACAUUAACAGGAUGAUGGGCAGACCAAGGAGGCAAGCUUACAGGAACUUUAUUGAUAGACAACCUUUCAAUAAGAUUUCAACAGAAAGAUUAGUACCCCUGUAACUGUGUGAGCUUUCCCCAGGGGUUCACUCACCUCCCUCCCACACUCAAUGAUGUGCUGCUUCAAGAUUCAAAUUGAUUUAUCACGUGUACAUUGAAACAGACAGUGAAAUGCGCCAUGGAACCAUUCUGUAGUUCUUCUUAGUCCCAGCACCCCCACUGGGCCUAGGCCGUCGACAGUAACUCAUCCGAGUCCUCUGUUCUGGGCCAGUCAUUCAUGUUUUCCCCAGGUGCACUCCAUCUCAAAGCCACAGGGAUGAGGUCUGUGGAGCUUCUGUAGCUCUGGGUAUUUAUGGGACGGGGUCAACACUUCUCCUUUCGAAGCCAGGCUUUGGACUGUCUACAGCUGAGUUACAGAGGACCUGUACAGCGAUAUCUACCUAAAGUUUAGAGCGUUAAGUAAACACAAUAACGUUCAUUGCAGAAAAGUCCUCUGCAUACCCACACAAUUCUGCCUCACUAAAAUCGCACCCUGGGAGCUGAGCUGCAAGAGUGUUGAUAUGAAAAACACAAGCAUCCAUGUUGGCAUGUUAAGGUUGAGGACAUUGCUGAUGCUGCCCCUGUUUCACAAACACAAGUCCUGAUGAAGGGUCUCGUCUCAGAACGUCAACUGUUCACUUCUCUCCGUAGAUGUUGCCUGACCUGCUGAGUUCCUCCAGCAUUUUGUGUGUGCUCAUUAACUUCCUGUGUUUAUAAUCAGGUCAGCAUCUGAUUGCUGUUUCUGAGACCUUACUGAGAGUGAAUUUCAUUUUCCCUUUCCCAUUCUGUUUCCCCUCUCACCCUUCUCCUCACCUCCCCGAUACCCCUCUCACCCUUCUCCUCACCUCCCCCUGAUACCCCCCUCACCUCUUCUCCUCACCUGUCCAUCACCUCCCUCUGUCUCUUGACUGUUGUGAAAAUAUAUAUAAGCUAAGAGAGCUAUAAUUGUAUGGAAUCUCUGUGUUGAUGUCCUGCUAAGUCCUUAUUUUUUCUUUCAAUAAAUCUGUUUUUAGAUCAAA